AUGAAUGGAGAGGCUGGUGGGAGAGCAAAUCUUGGAUAUACUGAGCUUGAUCAAAAAAAUUAUCUUCGAACAAGACGGCAAAAGAGUUUGAUAUAUGGUGAAGCUGGUUACUUAUUAAGAAUGAUCAUUGACUAUGCCUAUUUUGGUGAUGUUAUGACGUUGGACACUACAUAUGGCACGAAUAAAGAAUUGAGACCCUUAGUUGUCUUUACUGGUUUUAAUCACCAUAGAAGAGUUGUGAUUUUUUGGCCUGCACUUUUAUAUGAUGAAACGGUAGAAUCAUUUAAAUGGCUUUUUGAAAAUUUCUUAGAUGCACAUGGAGGUAAAAAGCCUCAAACAAUAUUUACAGAUCAAGAAGCUGCAAUGGCAAAGGCAUUAACUGAGGUGAUGCCAGACACCUGGCAUGGAUUGUGCACUUGGCACAUAAUGCAAAAUUGCAUCAAAUAUUUGGGGAAUUUGAUGAAGGAUGGUUCUCAUUUUUUACGGGACUUUAAAUCUUGUAUGUUUGAAUAUGAAGAUGAGACUGAAUUUGAAAAUGCUUGGAAAAAAAUGAUUCAGCGAUAUAAUGGUGGGUUAGUUAGUUGGUUAGACUGUAUGUACAAAUUGAAGACAAAAUUGGCCAAGUGUCACAUGAAGAAUGCAUUUACUUUGGGAGUGCGGAGUACUCAACUCAAUGAAAGCUUGAAUGGGGACUUGAAAGCUUACUUAAAAUCAAAUUUUGGUAUAGUGGAAUUUUUUCAACAUUUUGAGCAGGUGGUAGAGCAAAAGCGGCAUAAGGCAUUGGAGACUGAAAAUAAUGCUCGACAAAAAAUGUCCACAUUGGGAUUGAAGAAUUCUCCUUUGUUAAAGCAUGCGGCACAGACGUAUACUCCUGUGAUAUUUGAAAAAAUUCACGAUGAAUAUGACUAUACAUCAGCAAUGAUAAUAAAACAUUGCAAUGAGAGUCAGUUUGUGCAUGAAUAUAUUGUUGCACUUUAUGAGAAAGACAAGGAAUAUAAAGUAAUUUUCAACCGUGACAAUAAGAUAAUCUUAUGUAGUUGCAUGAAGUUUGAAACAUUUGGAAUUUUGUGUUGCCAUGCUUUGAAAGUUUUUAACUUGCUUGAUAUUAAGAUAAUUCCUGAUACAUACAUUUUGAAGAGGUGGACAAGAGAAGCAAAGAGUGGGCAUAUCUAUGUUAAGACCAAAAAUGUGGAAGAGGAUCGAAUUGAGCAAGUGCCUUAUUCAGUACCAAUGAUAACAUCUGAAAAACCAUUUGGAGAUAGACCUGAAAUUGGUUUCAAUGAAUUUCUACAGGUAACUGAUGAAUUCAAUCUUACACCAACAGUGCAACACCUCCUGUUGAUCGUGCAAAUACAAAUAUGA